AUGCCUUCAUACACCGUUCUCAAUGUCAAAUUACAACGUGAUUCAGCCAGUAUACCAUGGGGAUUUCGGAUGAUAGGAGGAAAAGAUUUUGGUAGCCCAUUGCAAAUUCAAAGGGUCAAUCCGGGAAGUGUGGCUGAGAAAUAUGGUAUAAAGCCAAAUGAUUAUAUAGUUAAAAUAUUAUCAACAUCAACCGAACAUUUAAAACAUCAAGAUGCCCAAGAUUGUAUUAUAAGACAACAAAAUAAUUUAGAACUCACAGUACAGCGUGAAACUGUUCCUGAUCAAAAUGACUAUUCAAGCAAUUCAGAAUUUCCUCCACAUGAAUUAAUAUCACCGAGUCAACCAAAACCAAAUUAUCAACAACAAGAAUCACAAAAGCCUAUUCUUGAGCCUGAAUUACCAGUUACAAACAAUCAAACAUUAUUAACUCAAGUUCACAACACACCCAUCGGGUUAUAUUCAGCUGAUACUGUUACAAAUACACUAAAUCAAACAUUAAAAAAUGAUGAUUUGCAUGAUAGUGAUUAUUCUUCACCAUCGAAUUUAUCCACAUCAUCCUCUUAUCAAUCUUUAGCACGAUCUACUUCAAAUAAUUCCAUAACAAAUACUGUUCCAAAUCGUGGCGUAAAUAAUAUAAUUAAACGUUUAAAUAAUCAUCCUAGUAAUGGAACAAAAAGUGUAGAAGAUUUACAAUCAAAAUAUUUAAGUUGUGAAGACAAACUUAAAAAUGAAACAAGGCAAGGCCCAUCAUUCAGAGCAUUACUCAAAGGUUUCAAUGAACGUAAAGCAUCAGCUACAAAAGCCUCGCCAAAACCGACGUCAAUGGCCAACAAUGGACCAGUACAAUCAUUAUUUUCAUCCAAUUCAUCUCAAACAUCGUUAUCAUCACCAGAUAAAUCCACUACUCGUCAAACACCUGGUUUAAUGAAUCAACAUCAGCCACAUGCAACUCCAACACCGUCAUUUAACGUCAAUACAACUCCAACAAAUAAAACUAGUCGUACUCUAAUGAAGGGAGCCAAAGGCAGUGCCUUAUUAAAUAAAGAAAGUUCUUCUGGUUCUCAAAUUCCUAUUUGUUAUUCAUGUGGUAUUGUUAUUAGAGGUCCAUUUAUCACAGCAAUCGGUCGUACAUGGUGUGUUGAUCAUUUUCGAUGUUCAAAAUGUACAAUAAAUUUAACCGAAUGCGGUUUCGUCGAAGAAAAAGGAAAAUUAUAUUGUGAAUUAGAUUUUGAAAAAUAUUUAGCUCCUAAAUGUCAUAAAUGUCAUCAAGCCAUACUAAAAGAAUGUUGUCAUGCAUUAGAUAAAUCAUGGCAUCCGGAUUGUUUUGUAUGUACAAAUUGUAAAAAAUCGAUUAGUACAGGAUCAUUUCAUGUUGAAAAUGGACAACCGUAUUGUUUAGAAGAUUUUCGUCGGAUGUUUCAGUCUAAAUGUUCGAAUUGUGAUUUUGCUAUUGAACCUGGUGAUCCGUACGUAGAAGUAGAAUCAUUAAAUGGUACAUAUCAUGUGGAAUGCUUUAAUUGUUCAAUAUGUCAAACGAGUUUAGAAGGUCAACUAUUUAUUGUCAAAAAUAAUCCAAGUACACUGAAAGCAUUACUUGAUAAAUCAAAUUUGAAUGAAAAAGAAGGUCAUCAUUCACCAUCAAAAUUGCCGAAUUGGUUACAUGUCAAUGGUGUCAGUGUUGAUCAUCCAAAUAAUUCUCAUUUUUAUCAUUCAUAUCAGAAUCAGUCUUAUCGUGCUACAAAUGGAAAGCAACAAACGAAUACGGGUGGACAAGGUAUCUAUGCCACAACGCUAAUGUUACUCGAUCAACCAGAUUCCAUUCCAGUAACUAAUGGAACAAAUAACAUUAUGGAUAUGGAUCCCACUCCAUUAGAUUUACUAUCGCAACAACAUCUUGAAUAUCCUAGACAACAAUACUAUAGUACACAACAUAAACUCUUAGAAAAUACGGAUAUACCAAAAAAAAUGUUUAUCGACAGACAGAUUAAAAAAGCAAAAUCAUUACCUGGUUUACUUAAAGGCACAGCAUUAUCAAAUACAAAUCGUACUACACCACAGCAAUCAAACAACAAUUCAGCCACAAUCGAUAAUACGAUCGCACAACAGCAGCGAGAACAAGAACAUCAUAUUAAUGGAGACAUGCGUAACAUAUUACCAGAUUAUUCUAACAUAUUUAAUCAACAACCACAAACUCCAGGUACACAGGACUCUCUACAACAACAACGUCCAUCUGAAAGUCGUCGACCACGUGUCUACUUUGCGGAUUAUGAUAAAGUGAAUUUUUACGACGAUCCUUCGACAAGCAGACGAUCUGGAGGACGUUCUAGAAGACAACUGCAACAACAACCAAUCACUUCGAUACCCACACAGGCGAGUUUAUAUCGACCUUAUUCGAGACAAUUUAAAAUUCAACAGCAGCAGCAGCAAUUAUUAUGCGAACAACAAGAUCUAAUGGAUAACAUUACUGUGAGAAAAUUAGAUACAAUUGCUAGUCAGAAAGAGAAGCCGUCACCACGAAUUUCAUCCCAUUUACCAGAUAUCAAUCAACAAAUUAUUAAUGAUAUACCUGUUAAUGAAGAGAAAAUAGAUGAGAGUAAUGAUAUCAAGAAAAAAUUUGUACUUACUCGAGAGAAACCAUUGAUGAAACUUCCAUCACAACAAUCCAAAAAAUUUAGUGAUUUAUCAAAAUCACCAAAAUCCUUUUAUAAUGAUUAUAAUUCAUCCGCUGAAAUGUCUCGUGAAUCGACCAGACAUAGUCCAGACUAUUUGCAAUAUGCUCAUGAUAUGCAUCUACAACAACAACAACAACAACAACAACAACAACAACAACAACAACAACAACAACAGCAACAUCGAUUAGAUCCCUUGUCUGUUGCUGCUUAUUCGUUUGCAAGUAACACAAACGGUAAUAAUCCAUCGGACUUAUCGCUAUCAGGGAUAAAUUCAUCCACAUCGAGACAACGAGCACUACGCAGCAUAUCAUUGAGACAACAGUUCAAUAAUCGUUCUCAAACAAAAAAUAAUAGCCCACCAAACAGACGUUCAGCAUCCCUUCGACAUUUGAUUGAUGACACCAGUUCGAAUGAAUAUGUAGUUAAAAAUGGCAUUGCCAUUAUUAAUCGAUCAGGUGAUCAAAUGCAUGAUGAACUUCAUCAUACCCAAUAUGAUCAUAGUGCUUCAAGUAGUCGUCCGCCUACUGCAUACCAUCCAACUUCAACACCACUUCAACAACAAAAUAAACCAUCCGCUUCGACACUUCGACGAACGUAUGUAAUACAUUUCAAUUCAAAAAAUUCUACUCCUCAACAACAACAACAGCAGCAGCAGCAACAAGCUUCUCUGAAUGAAUUACAAAACUUAUCCAGUAGACAACUAUUAAAAUCUCAUCUGUAUGAAAAUACAGAAGAACGUUUUCAAAAUCUUUUAACAGUCGUUCGACCUCCUAUUGUGCCAUCAACAGAUGAACAACAACAAGCAACGGAUCUUGUUAAACCAAAUUAUUCAUCAAGACAACCAAAAUGGAACUCAACAGAAAAACAUAAUAAUAAUUUUAGAAAUAGAGGACUAGAAUUACAUACAGAUACUGUUAUUGUUUAG